UUCGCUGCGGCCACUUAGGUUACAUCUACUUCCGCUUCGCUCUUCAAUUCCCAUGCCGCAAAAUGCUUCGUCUUCUCCAUCGACAUCUUUUUACACUGUCAAUCGCGAGCGAUAGGUCUUGCCGACCCACUCUUCUGCGUCUCAUCCACGGAAAGCUCCCUAAAACGCCAAACUCAUCUUUUUCUGACAUCACCAUAUCCUACCUCGUGGGAUCUUGCGGCCUCUCGCCCGCGGCAGCAAUUUCCGUCGCCAAAAACUUUACAUUCAAAACCAACAAAACCACCACAAACGCAGAUUCCUUCCUUUCCCUCCUUAGAUCUCAUGGCUUUACCCAAAGCCAAAUUGCGGAUAUCAUCAUCAAAUUCCCUUCACUGCUCACCUACAACCCCGAGAAGAAAAUCAAGCCCAAGCUGGAGUUUUUCCUUAACCUCGGCUACUCAAGAGCCGACCUUGUCAGGCUCAUCACCUCGGACAUACACAUUCUGAAAAACAGCUUGGAAAAGAGAAUCAAACCCAACUAUGAUACGCUCAAGGCCAUCCUCGGAACCGAUAGGGAAAUCAUCGUCGCCAUUGGGAACUCAUCCAGAAUUCUUCGGCAGAAUUUGGACAGGUAUUUGCUUCCCAACAUAAAGACCUUGAGGGAUCUGGGAGUUCCAGGGCACAGAAUCGUUAAAUUGGUCACCUUUUAUCCACGAUCUUUGUUGAUAAACCCUGCGAAGUUCAACAAAGCCGUCGACUUGCUGAAGAAAAUGGGCUUUGAUGUCUCCAAGUCUGUGUUUACCUUGGGAGUCAAUGUUCUCACUGUGCUCUGUAACUCCACCUGGAACCGAAAAUUUAAGCUUUACAGAAGCUUGGGAUGGUCGGACGAUGAUGUUUUAACUGCGUUCAAAAAGCAUCCUUUCUGCAUGCUUAUGUCGGAGAAGAAGAUCUGGCAUAAUUUCAAUUUCUUUGCUAAAGAGCUUGAAUGGACGCCCUCCUUCGUGGCAUCAAGGCCUGUUUGUCUUUUUUUCAGUUUUGAGAACACAAUUUUUCCAAGAUAUAAAAUUUUCAGGCUGCUGGAAUCGGAGGGCUUGCUAAAAAUUAAUGGCAGUUUCUCAACCCUUCUGUGGUUGCCGAAGAAGAAAUUCUUAAAUCGAUACGUGAUCAAGUUUGCCGAUCAAGUGCCGGAGUUGCUAGAAGUUUACAAAGAUAAUUUAGCAUUGACUGGAUUGAGGUGUUCUAGUAGAGAACUUGGUAUAUGAGAAACAAGAGACUGGAAGUAUCAAUCUUUUUUUUAGCA